CCAACGCUCUCACUAACUCUCCUUCCUCUGCGAGUGCUUGCGGCGGACGUGCCUGAGGAGGCGUUGUGGGGGACGCUGUGAAUUUCGGCAGCUGUUAUUCUCCAAGAUGUGUGGCGGUUUCACCUGUUCAAAAAAUGCGCUAAUCGCGCUCAAUAUCGUAUACGUGGUUGUGGCAUUCCUCCUGAUUGGUGUGGCAACAUAUGGGAAGACCGCCAGCAUCAUCACCAGCCUGAGCGUGGUGGGAUGGAUCGUGGCCUGCGGUGUUCUGCUCUUGUUCAUUGCUGUGCUGGGCCUGGUGGGUGCUGUUAAGCACCACCAGGUGCUGCUGUUCUUCUACAUGCUGGUGCUGUUCCUGCUUUUCCUGAUCCAGUUCAGCGUGGCCUGUGCCUGCCUGGCAAUCACCCCUGGACAACAGGAAACAGUGCUGCAGGAGAGCUGGGCUAGGUCCAGUGACAACAUCAAGACCAGUGCCCAGUAUACAUUCCACUGCUGUGGAUUCAAGGACAAGAACAACACAGCCCUGGAGAAAAAAUUCCAGCAUCCACCCUGCCCAAGGCAAUGCUGCCCUCACUCGAGCGCUGAGACCUGCUGCAUGGGCUCGGAGGACUGCGGCGGCUGCUCCACCUGCUUCGAUCAGCUGAAGGACGCCAUCAACUCGGGUCUGCGCGUCAGCGGCGGCAUCGGCUUGUUCUUCAGCUUCACCGAGAUCAUCGGCUUCGUGCUGGCCUACCGCUACCGGAACCAGAUGGACCCCAGCCGCGGCCAGACGCUGGAGUAGCGGCGGACGGCAGCCGGCGCGGCGCGGCGCGCGCAGUCGGACGCCGCGGCGGGCGGCACUCGGCGCACCUGUGGCGCGGCCGACCCCGCCCCUACUCUGUAGCCCGCUCCCCUCAACGCAUCCACAGCCACAGACAUACGUCACGCAUACCUCGAUAUACCGGACAGCGCUCUGCGGGCCGCGGUGCGCCGGUCGCCCCCCCCCCCCCCCUCCCACGCCCACCCACACACUCACACACUCAACUCAGGGGGCGGCGACCGGGAGCGUGAUCUCCGCUGGUCCGGCGCGGGCAGCUCCAGCCGACCGGCGGCAGCAAUACCGGAGCCACCACCGCCGCAGCCCACCGCGCCGCGACCAGCCGGACGCCGUUAGCCGGCUGCAUACCGAAGUAGAUUAGUGUGGGGCAUGCGUGCGUCUCGUUCGUUGCGUUCAUGGGACUCACGGGCGGCUGCUAUGUACAAGCCGAUCAGCUCGACUUAAUGUUGUUCGUUGUGAUAGGGGAAGUGUUUUGUUUCCGGCCACGCCGGUUGCUUUGGGGUGUGUUGGGUUCGGGCUCGGUGGGGCUGGUUCAUCGUGCCAGGCGUACGGUCUUAGGCUAAGCGCAAUCGUGCUGUUUUGUCCGGCUUGUUGCAGGCACAUCAUAUAUUUAUUUAGAGUUAAUAAAUGUACCCAUCGUGA